AAGCUCUGUUCGUUUGGAUCAAAACAAAAGAGCAUCUAUCGCUGCUGGACCAACAGGAAACUGCUCAAUCUCGUCGCCCUGAAAGAAUUAAUUUAUUUCUCAGAGUUGUGUGCUAUAGAAUAAAUAUCAAUCAUGACUUUCACCAAAAGCGUAGAUCAAACAACCAUACUGCAAGGCGACCGGUCAAAACUCAAGGAUCUACUGCGUCUCCGAUUGAACGCUUGCGGAUGGAGCGACCAGGUGCGAUUGCUGUGCCGGGAAGCCAUCAAGGAACAGGAUUCCAUCAACUGUGACGCCCUGGUGCAGCAAGUGACGCCAAAGGCCCGUGCCCUCAUACCGGACACCGUCAAGAAGGAAUUGCUCCAGAAGAUCAAAACCAUCCUGGUCCAGCAGGAGGGUAUCGAUAUUUAGGUAGUGCUUAGGUUAUUGAAGGAUGUUUUGAGGGCAUGACGAUGAAAUAAAUUUAUUAUAAGAGUGUAGGUAUUUGAAUGAUCUUUUCAGCAUGA